AUGGAUGACGAACACACUAAUGGCGGGGACCUCCCCCGACCACGGAGCAUCUACCGCAGUAGCUUCAUGCGGAGCAGGACAAGCCUGCUGUCAGAUGUAGAGAUGGCACAAGAAGAGGUUUAUGCUGGCCCUAUAUCAGAAAGCAUUCCGUCAAGCGUUGCAUCCUUUGUACGCCGUCGUUCUCGUCGUGAAUCCAACGUCAGCUUUACCUACUUUCAAGAGAAUAAUGGAUCCUUUGUAUGGCCGGACGACCGCGACGAGGAGGCAGUCAUCGAGCCGGAUCAGCUUGAAAAUGGCCACGAAAACGACCAGGAAGUUGAUAUCGAGACUCCCUUCCGCCCCUCUAGUUAUUUCGGCCCCACUCCUUCGCAUGAUUCCGCUGAAGACCCCUUGCUCUGGCGCCGCGCAUCUUCCACGGAUCACCCUCGUGGAGGAAAGUCAUCAGACGGUAUUAUCAGCCAGAAGAUAUACAUUGCCUCAGAGGACCUUACGGCAGCCAUUGCAGGAUUCUCAACUAGCAUGGCUGGUUUGACCACAUAUCUUGCCAUCUGCAUUCUGACCUGCGGUCUUGGCUACCUCGUCUUUAGAUGGGUCCCGAAAUGGCGAGUGUCAUUGAUAGGGACACCCACGCCACUAUAUAAGUGUCAAUGGGUCGCUAUUGAAAACCAAUGGGGUCAAUUCACCAUACAGGAUGUCCAAAACCAGCCCUAUGGACGCCAGCUCUCAACUGUUUUCGGGAGAGGGAACAAAGAAGGCACCGUUGCGAACUACGAGUAUGACGAUGAUCCUAUAAUGUCAAAUUUACGAUAUCUGGACUAUCAUUAUGUUCGGUUCUUCUAUCAACCCGUACAGGACAGGUUUAGUAUCAGUGGGACUUGGGCGGACCCUGCAUGGGCAGAUGUGAAGCUGUUACGUCGCGGAUUGGAUGCAGACGAAAGGGAGAGCCGCGAACAAGUAUUCGGUGCAAACAUUAUUGAUAUCCAGGCCAAGACUAUCCCACAAAUACUGCUUGAUGAAGCAUUCCACCCCUUCUACAUAUUUCAAAUUGCCAGUUUGACCCUUUGGUCAAUGGACGAAUACUAUUACUAUGCUACAUGUAUUUUCUUCAUCUCCGUUUUUAGCAUAACAGCAACCGCCAUCGAAACUAGAUCAACAAUGCGACGCCUACGUGAGAUUGCACAUUUUGAGUGCGAGAUAAGAGUUUUAAGAAGCGGAUUUUGGACAACUGUACCUUCCACCGAGCUGAUACCUGGUGAUGUAUUCGAGAUUUCCGACCCUUCUCUAACACAGAUACCCUGUGACUGUCUCCUGCUCUCCGGCGACUGUAUUGUCAACGAGAGCAUGCUAACAGGUGAAUCUGUUCCGGUCUCGAAAUUUCCCGUAACCGAUCAUUCUCUGGCCCAGUUGAAUUUAUCUGCAACAUCUGUCGACCCAGGGGUAGCCAGGCAUUUUCUGUUCUGUGGUACAAAGCUCAUUCGUGCCAGACGGCCACAGGAUCCUGCAGAUGAUGAAGCGGCUGCUCUCGCCAUGGUUGUGCGAACAGGCUUCAACACUACCAAGGGUGCACUUGUUAGAUCAAUGCUGUUCCCUAAACCAUCUGGUUUUAAAUUUUAUCAGGACUCUUUCCGGUAUAUUUCUGUGAUGGCUACUGUUGCCGCUAUUGGGUUUGUCGUUUCAUUUGUCAAUUUUAUUCGUCUAAAGAUUGUUUGGCAUACGAUCAUUGUUCGGGCACUUGAUCUUAUCACCAUCGUUGUACCUCCAGCUUUACCAGCGACUCUUACUAUCGGUAUCAACUUUGCGAUAUCUAGGCUCAAAUCUCAACAGAUAUUCUGCAUAAGCCCACAAAGGUUCAGCGAUCUUCUAACCGAGACCUCGCUCAUUUUACCCCAGUUGCUCUCUGAUCGGGAUCCUACUCAGGAUUAUGGCCCCAAUACAGCCAUUCUCUACACCAUGGCAACCUGUCAUUCACUAAGGAUGAUAGACGGGGAACUAAUUGGUGACCCCCUGGAUGUUAAAAUGUUCGAAUUUACAAACUGGUCCUACGAAGAAGGUAGCCACAACACUGCUGAAGUAUAUGAGGACUAUGAAAAUAUUUCUCCGUCUAUUGCGAGGUCUCCACCCAAUUUUGCUCCUCCAGGUGGAACCGGGAGAACAACUGAGCCAAAUGAUGCUAUUGAAUUAUCCAUCCUUCGUAUUUUUGAAUUCGUCUCUCAACUUCGCCGAGCUAGUGUUGUGGUGCGACAGCCGGGUAGCAAUGGCGUUGACAUCUUUGUUAAAGGAGCCCCAGAGUGCAUGAAAGAUAUAUGCAUUCCCAAAAGCUUACCACCUGACUUCUCGGAAUUGUUGAAUUACUAUACCCAUCGCGGGUUCCGAGUCAUUGCCUGUGCAACCAAACAUAUCCCACAAUUUUCACUUCGAGACAUUUUUUCUAUGAGUAGAGCAGAUGCCGAAUCGGGACUUGAAUUUAUCGGCUUCAUCAUCUUCGAGAACAAACUUAAACCUACCUCGAAGGGUGUUAUUACUGAGCUACACGAGGCAGGUAUUCGCAGUGUCAUGUGUACGGGUGACAACAUUUUGACAGCAGUCAGUGUUGCAAGAGAGUGUGGCUUUGUCGAGGGCGCGGCUCCAUGUUUUGUCCCCUACUUUGUUGAAGGCAAGCAUUCUUCUUCGGAUCCAGACGCUCGGCUUUGUUGGCAAAGCAUUGAUAACCCGGAUCAUCAACUUGACGAGAAUACAUUAACGCCGCUUCCACAUAACUCAAGGCCAGAUGUUUCUGUUCCCUAUAAUCAUUACAACAAAACGAACUACGCCAUUGCGGUAACGGGAGAUGUGUUCCGUUGGGUUGUUGACUAUGGUCCUGAAGCUGUGCUGAAUAGGAUGCUCGUUCGUGGCCAGGUCUUUGCUCGGAUGUCGCCUGAUGAAAAACAUGAACUCGUUGAAAAGCUUCAGUCUCUUAACUAUGGCUGUGGAUUCUGCGGUGAUGGCGCUAAUGACUGCGGUGCUCUUAAGGCUGCAGACGUAGGCAUCUCUCUUUCUGAGGCAGAGGCUUCAGUUGCUGCUCCCUUUACCAGUAGGGUAUUUGAUAUAUCAUGUGUACCAAAACUCAUCAGGGAAGGAAGAGCGGCGUUGGUUACGAGCUUUUGCUGCUUCAAGUAUAUGAGUCUUUAUUCUGCCAUUCAAUUUACGUCUGUCAGCUUCCUUUACGCAACAGCAUCGAACCUGGGGGAUUUCCAGUUCCUCUUCAUUGACCUGGUGAUAAUUUUACCUGUGGCUAUAUUCAUGGGAUGGAUUGGCCCCAGUCCAGUACUCUGCCGCAAGAGGCCAACCGCAAAUCUUGUCUCGCGAAAGGUCUUAACCCCUCUGCUUGGACAAAUUCUUAUCUGCAUACUCAUUCAGGCUACUGCUUAUGAGACUGUCCAAAUCCCUGAGUGGUAUAUUCCACCGAAAAUUAGCCAUGAGGACACCAACAUCAAGAAUUCGCAAAAUACUGCCCUAUUCCUGGUCUCUUGCUACCAGUAUGUGUUUUCAGGUGUAGUUCUAAGUGCUGGCAAACCAUUCCGAAAGCCAGCAACUUCUAAUGUUCCAUUCGUUGCCACAAUAAUUAUCAUUCUCCUCUUCUCCUCUUACAUGCUUUUCCAGCCCGCUAAAUGGCUGUACAAGCUGAUGGAGCUGACAUACAUGUCUCCCGAGUUCAAAAGCUGGAUAUUAGUCCUUGCAUUGGGCGGUUUUGCAGCUGCCUGGGUUUGUGAGAACCACGUAUUCCCGCAACUCGCACGGGGGAUUGGCCGCUUAAAUCGCUGGUUGCGCCCACAUACCAAAAAGCAGCGCCGUCGAUAUAAAGUACUGCUUGAGGGUGGCCAAUGA